AUGGAAGCAUACAGAAGAAGUAUGUUGCUCGGAGCAGACUACGUAGCACAAAAUCAUAGGUUGAGAGCCUUUGAGACUAACGAAAGGAGGAUGGUAAACAUCUCCGAAACGAUGGACCCGUGCUUCGUGGGCAGAAUUUAUGCCGUGCUGCUAUACAUGCAGUUUGCAUACGUGGAUGAGUCAACGAGGAGACGAAUGAACAAUGCAGCCACUCCGAAACCUAGUAGAUUUGAAGAGGAAUGGACAAAAUUGGACUUGGCGCCAAUGGUCAUGAGAGGCAAGGCGGACUUGCAAGAGGCGGCGCUAAUCAUGAUGACUGACUGCUCUGGCGCCUUCGGCUGUGAGGAGGUCAAAAUAAAGCACAGAAAAGAAGAAGAAAAGACAGCGGGCAAGCUAGUCGUGCCAAACUUUCCAGACGAGGAGCAAGGACCUUCAGGGUCAGCGGGAAAUCAGAAACGAGACGAUAAGGAGGGAGAAGACCGUCGACCGGAAGAACCAAUGCAACAGGAUCCCGAUCCAGCGGGAAAAUAUGAUAAGGCCUCGACAGGUGGAUUGUUUGGCCUAGACUUCAAUUUGUUGGACGACUUUGAGAUCGAGACAAAAACGUUGGAAGGGACGACUGAGCCAGCGGAAGAUGAAACUUCCACACUGGAACAUCCAUGGGAUGAAGCAGACGCUAAAAAUCUCAGGCAAUACAAAGGCGGAUUCAUUCUGGACGAAGUGAAAUCACUAAACCCACGUGGUCGAAAGGAGGAAAAAGUACUCAACUGGCAAGGGAAAUCGGACAGGGAGGAAAGCCUCUCAGAUCCUUGGUGGCACGAACGACCACCAACGAAGAAGAAAACAGCAGCCAACACCUCGGAAACUACACAAAUAAAUGUCAAGGACGCCAGGGAAAUACGUUCCUCAAGGUCACCACCAGUCAAAAUCUUCCCGCCAAUCACUGAAGAAAAUACACAACCAGCCAAGCAGCGCAUCCCCAAAAUAAAGACGACACAGGCGGUACAAACGAACAACUUUAAAGUGUUAGUGGGAACUCAAACAGACAUUACUGAGGAACGGCCUGAGACACAAGAGGUGUUCAUGAGUAGAAUAAACUACGAUAUUGCAAGCCAGGAGGAAGGUGCCCCGAAUGAACAACCGCCCACUAUGACAAGAACACAACCCGAAGCCACACAAAUGAAAUCUAGCCACCAUUAA